AUGAAAUCACCACCUCGAGGGAAAGUAUGUUGGCAACCUGUCAACAUAAUUAGGUCAAAUUUUCGGCCAUGCAGAGCUUCACAGAUAACCAUAUUUCAACAAUGCCGGCGAGAAUUUUCCUCCACUCCGUUUCGGCUUGCGAAAGAUAAAAUCCGGCUCUCGUUGGUGGCAACAAAAAAGCCAAAGGAGGGUUCUCGACCUAAACUCGUCGUAACAGCAAUUUCCUUGCUACUGGGUCUCAGCGCAGUCUCCUAUUACUUCGUAAACCGAAACUCCAGGUCCGACACAAAGAUCUUCAACCCUCCACGCUUCACACCAUUCACGAUAGUCAAGAGAGAAGAAGUCUCUCCCACCAGUAUAAUCCUCACACUACGACCACAAACUCUCGUCAACCGGCCGCGGAAACUUGUUUCCGAUCCAUACCAAACGUCAUGGGAGAAGGGAACUUGGUCGGUAGAGAUCAAGCAGCCACAGCUGCAGAUUGCGAGAUCAUACACGCCUCUACCGCCGAAUAAAGGGGAUCCGAAGGGUGAUCUGCGACUUCUUAUCAGGAAGGAGCAUAAGGGUGAGGUUUCGGGAUAUCUGCAUACGUUGACCGUCGGGUCACAAAUACACCUGCGAGGCCCGCAUCAAGAACUCGAUCUGCCGGAGAGAGUGACGGAUGUUGUGUUUCUAGCUGGCGGGACUGGAAUUGCUCCAGCGCUGCAGGUGGCAUAUACAUUGCUUGCAGAGAGACGUAUAGAUGAAGAAAAGCCCAAGAUGCAUAUCGUAUGGGCGAGCAGGAAAAGAGCGGAUUGUGAAGGUGGUGCGGACGUCAGUAACCCGAAUGCCUGGGAAGCGAGGAAGACUGGACGGAUUGUACAAGAGCUGGAAACAUUGCAGCAGAAGUUCCCUGGUCAAUUAUCGGUAGAUUAUCUUGUGGAUGAGGAAGGGAAGUUCUUGGAUCAGAAGAGGAUAUCGAGCCUUACCAAGGCAACCUCUGAAAUAAAAUUUGGAGCGAGGCAUACGAGAGUUGAUUCGAAAUUGUUGUUUGUAUCUGGACCGGAGGGGUUCAUCAAUUAUAUAGCAGGACCGAAGAAAUGGGAAGGUGGGAAGGAAGGUCAAGGCCAAAUUGGUGGACUCAUUGGACAAAUGGGCAUUCGGACUUGGAAAGUCUGGAAGUUGUGA